UUCAUUCAGAGAGAUGUGCUACUGCCAGCCAAAUGCGUUCGCAUCAGUGCUCCUCCUCCGGCCUCCUUGGCCUCUUGCAUUCUCGGCCCUUUCUUCUCGAUGGGCUCUCUCGGUUUUCACUCCUCCUCUUUCAAGAGUUUUGGAUGGUUUGGUCUCGAUUUCAUCCAUUAAUUGCAGAUUUGGGGUUGACAUUUCAGCUUUGGGUGAAUUGUGGGAGCUGGAAGCUUUGGCAGACUUCAUGAGGAAAGAAGUAUCUUGUGAGGAAGAAGAUUGAUUUAGUGAAUAAAAAAUUCAAGCCACUGGGACAAUCAGUCCAGAAGAAGAUACAACGGUGCAAGAUGUCUCAGAUGAAGUCCAUGGAACAUAUUUUUUUUGGUACAAGAAGGAUGAAAUUUUGAAGUUAACUCUAGAUAGACAAUUGUGAUGUUCACUUGAGAACCAUAGAAGUAAUAAUUAGUUAGCUUAUUGAGGAGAU